AUGGCCGGGCCGUCCGGUUCCGGCUACGGGUCCGCCUCAGGUUCUGGCCCCACGUUUGGGAACUUCGCGGGCGGCGGUAUGGAGACGGCGGCGCGGAUGCGGGCGGCCCACGGCAUCAUGGCGGCGGUGGCCAUGGUGGCUCUGUUCCCGACGGGUGCCAUCUUUAUGCGGAUCUUCUCCGGCCGGCUUGCGCUGUGGAUGCACGCCCUCACACAGGUAGCGGGCCUGGGUGUUUUUGCGGGCGCUGUUGGCCUCGGACUUCAGCUCGUCUCGGAGGUCCGGGAAAAUAUUGGUCGUGACCUGCUGCAUGAAUCCAGCACCAGCUACCACUCCAUCAUCGGCCUCGUCGUCUUGGGGUGCCUGGCGGUGCAGCCGGUCCUGGGACUCAUCCACCACGAAUGGUUCCGUCGGCUGCACCGGCGGCAAAUAUGGUCGUACCUGCACCUCUUCAACGGCCGCAUUCCCAUCACGCUGGGCAUGAUGAACGGUGGACUCGGACUGUGGAUGGCCGGGGCGUCGGACCGGCUCAAGGUUGCCUACGUCGUCACUGCGGCGGCCAUGUGGACGCUCUGGAUGAUGACCGCGCUGUGGGCAGAGUGGAAGCGCUGGCGGAAGGACAGGUCGUGGAGCUGGAGUGCAAGCAGGCCUGAGGUGAAUGAGGGCGGUGUUCCGUUCUGA